AAAACUACGAGACAGUCGAUGACCAUUUAGGAUGUGUAAGAACUUCUACAGAUACGUUUUUUUUGAUGUGUAGAUACCGAAUCGAAAAAUGAUAGAGACACAAGAAAAGGCUACAGUUUAUCUUGUGAAGAAGUGGCACUUGUUUUUCGAGUGAAAAUGCCUCCGAAGAAGCAGCCGGCGGCUGCGUCGUCCAAGGGGAUAAAGAAGGCAGCGGGGAAGGAGGUGAAGAAAGCCAACAACAAGAAGGCAGAUGCAGCGGCAGCAAAAUCGAAGGCGAAGAGUACGUCAGCGCCUGCUAGGAACUCUUCUGCAGGUGCAGGAGCCGCGUCCUCAGCAAUAGCUGCAUCAUCAUCGUCAUCAUCUGGAGCGGCCAAUAAAGCAACGAAAGUGAAACCGACCGACAAAACUGCUAAGGGCAAGAAAAAAGAUGGCACGACAUCAACCGCCAUCGCAGCUGGAGCUUCGUCAAAAGGAAAAAGCAGCACCGGGACGAAGGCAACGACUGUGAAGAAGCCGCAGCCGAUGAAGCUCGCCGCAGAGAAAAGUUCGAAAGCAAACGCAACGACUAAAGCGAUAAAAGUGGCGGGAGGUAAAACUAAAAAAACGAACAAGACUUCUGUAUCAGCCACCGUCGCGUCCUCGAAUAAGGGAACAACUGACAAGGCGAGCGGUAGCAGCCCAAUGAACAAGAAGGCAACGAAGAUGAAAACGCAACACUCGGCCAGCGCCCACAUGAAUGCCAUCGUGCAGGGGUUGUGCGAAAUCACGAACAUGGCCUUCAACGACAUGAGAGACAACUACUGCGUGCACAUGGCCAACAGCUUGGACAUCCUGAUCACGAAGCUCGAUUUCCCCGAGUUGAAGGUGGUGGCGACGGUGAACGAAAUCCUGGCGGGCUCGAAGAGCGUGCCGGCGUUCAAGGACUACGCCGAGCUUGAUGCGUUUUGGGACUUCGUGGACCUGUGGGAGGACCUGGGUCUGAUCUCCGCGGGCCACUGGAUCCAGAACCACCUGAUGAAUCUAGAAGUCAGUCUGUCCGGCAAUGCCGCGGUGGGUUAUGUUGAUUCGCUCUUCGGGCCGGGUGCAGCCGCGGCCGGGUUGCCCCUGUUUCCCCCGCCCGCUGGCGCCAGCAGUUCUUCGACGGCUGCGGACCCGCUGUUCUUCGGGGCCGCCACGGGUUUCCUACCGCCGGAGGGGUUGGGGGACCUCCUGAACGAAGCAAACUUCGGCGCAGGGGCAGGAUGGGGCGCCGUUGACGAUUGGUUCGCGACCGCGGCUCUGGGCGACGAGAUUCCUCUGCAGCCAAAAGCGAAGGCCAAGGGAAAGGCGAAAGCCGCGGGCGGGAAGGCGGCCGCGAAGGCGAAGACGGCAGCCGCAAAGACUGCCGCGGGCAGCUUCAUGGCGAAGGCAAAGGCGGGCGCGUCCUGGGGAGACGUUUUUCAGCACGCGCUGGACUACAUCGGGAAGGGCUUGUCCUCCACCACCGCGGCGCUCGGAAGCAGUUCCUCGGCCGGGGGCGCGGGAGCGUCGAGUAGUAGCAAAGCGAAACCGCCACCACCGAAUCCUUUCGCCGGCGCAGCUACAAGCAGUGGCGCGGGGGCCAGUGGGUCUUGGCAGCCCGUGUCGUGGGGGGCACUUUCGUCCAGCACCGGGAAAGCGGCAGGCGGCAAGGCAGUCCCAAGUAGUAAUCCCUUCGCUUUUCCGUCGCAGUGGCAUCAAGCACCACCCCCGCCCUUUAGCUCGCUGUUCAGCAGCACGACUCCUUUUCCCAGCACGAGCAGCAAGGCCGGCAGUGCGAAAGCCAAGGGCGGCGCCGGCGCGGCAAAAUCGGGAAGUGAGUUAUUCCAGCUGUUCGCCCCCGGAAAGUACAAGGCCCCUGCACCCGGGGGCGCCGGCAGCUCAUCGUCGUCAAAGGCAAAGGCAGGCGCACCUCCCGCUUGGUUUCCGUGGACCGUGUUUGGCGGGUCCUCGGCGGGAAAAGCGGGCAGCGCGGGAAGCAAGGCAACCGGGGGAAAGCCCGUUUCGAAAUACGCCUCGAUCUUCAGCAAAGGUGCGGAAUUCGGGCUCGCCAAGGGGCUGGGCAAGGGCGGCGCGCUCUUCGGCACGAGCAAGGGCUCUGCGUUACUCCCCUCGACAUUUGGAGGGACUCUGGGCCAGGACGCGAACCUCACUGCCGUCAAGGCGCUCACCGAGAAGGAGCGCACCAAACUGGUCAAUGAUGGCCUGUCGAAAAAGAGGCACGAGGAGAUCGCGGAAAAGCUUCGCGCCGCCCGGGACCAGAAUUCUUCGGAGCAGAACGCAACCGAUUUCCUCUCGAAACAGGAUCAGGGAAUAACAACAACAAAUGCCAACAACAAACAGCCCAGUAGUAGCUCCGCGGCCGCGGCGGCAUCGAGCAGCAGUGCAGGGAAGGGUCCAAUAAAACUAGCUGCGACUACUUCGUCCUCUGCCGCCUGCUCGUCCAACAAGCAGCCCUACAACACGAAAAACCCCUACCUGCAGGCGUGCACGCUGUCAAAGCCCGGAACCGACGAGGUCCGCAAAUUGUACCUAGCGAUGACCGUGCAGCAGCAGGGCGCGAAGACGGUAACGACGGGGAAAACAAAGUCGAAAUCAAAAGACUUGCCCAAAGUAGAUGACAAAUUCGCCGCAAAAGUGUACGACAAGCUUUUCGCGCCGGCAUUUGUGGAAUUCUGCAAGAAGGAGAGCAAAAAAGACGCAGCCAAAAAUCUGCUGGCGGAGAAGGACCAGGUGCAUAAUUUUAUUGAUUGACGGGACGAUGUCCGUGUUCGCCUUUUAGUCAUUCCAACUUGCGCUUGCCGCGUCGAGGAAUCGCCAUGAUCCCACAUGCUCUUACCGCCAUUAUACCUUGAACUUCAUCCCAGCAAAAAAAUAACAGGAGCCACCGAAAGUGCCGAAAAUGCGACUGUAUGGACAGAACUGCCAGUUGUUUGAGUUUGAGCAGCCGGUGAUAUCGAUCGGGAGUCACGUAUCUUGCGACAUUCGCUGGCCUGACGCCAACAAGGUGGUGGACGCAAAUCUGGACCUCCUUCUCGAUUGGCACGCACCGAGCACCGCUUCCUCGAAUGAGCUGAUAGAUGGGUAAGUGCUAUUCGUGUUCGGCUUUGUAGUAGGUUGGAGUAUCCAGCUCCAACUGAAACUUACAUGUUCGAGUCAGGUUUUGUUUUCUUUUGCUUUGCUCCACUCGGCUUUCAACUUGCAGAGCAAGAAUGAAGCGGGAAGUUGUAGCUUUCAUCCGCUAUAGGAGAUAAGUUAAAUUUGGAAUGAUCUUCAUGAUGAUCUGAUAAUGCACAUCAGGUUUCUCGUUUACGCACCCUCCGGUCAUUGGUACUUUCUCGAUUUAAUGGGCAGCGAGAAGCGCUCGACGUGGACGCACGCGCGUAGCGACAUCCAGAAGACGGCGGUGCACUCCACGCCGAGCGAGCGCAAAGUGAUCGUGUUCGAGGAGGACGAAAUGUUUUGCCUGCGCCUUGGGCCCUCCAACCUGAGCUCGCAGAUGAAGUACUUGUACUGCAACCUCCCCUACGAUCGCACGGAGGAGCGGAACAACCAGGGCAGGAGAAGCUCCUUCCCCGCCGAGGACGUCGCCGCCGGAACGGUGGAGGAAAAAAACGGCGAGAGGCCCGCGGAAGUAGACGGCAGUGCGACUCCGGACGAAGUGGAGCGAAAACCGGCGAGGAAAACUUCUAAGAAGAAAGCAACGGGCAAAGACGAGGAAGCAGGGACCACCUCGGUCGCCAACAACUACACGACCGCAGAGCUGGAUGCUCCUGAGGACUCGGCGCACCUGACCACGCGGAAGCCACCGCCGCCGAAGAAGGAGCUGCUUUUGCCGCCCGCGUCGCCGAGCAAUGGUUCCCCGGCCGCGAAGAAGCCGCGACGCAGUUCUUCGAGUCCCAACCGGCCGCCCAGAGUGGUGGAGGAACCCCCGAAGCUUUGUGAGGCCUGCAUGGAAAGCACUGUGGAGGUGAUCACCUACCCCUGCAGACACAAGACGCUGUGCUGCGAGUGUCUGCAAAUCAUCGGCAGCAGUAACCCGAACCCGAGCGCAGUUUCGCUCUCCAUGGGCCCCCAGUGUCCGUUGUGUCGGGCGACCAUCACGCGGGCGGAGCCACUCUGUUGGGCUCCGCUGCUCGCGCAAAAGUCCGGAGGCGUCUCGGUUCUCUGUCCCGGAGUGGAUGAACCGCCACCGCUUCCAAACUUUACCAGCCUCUUCAUGGACGACUUCUAAACUUGUUAAGUAAGUACCUUCAGUCACAACUACCACGACUUUUUGAAUAGACACUAUGAAACAACUUCGCCGAUACGGCGACAAUCCCACGAAUCUGCAUCUGGAGUAGAUGUUCAGAAUUUUUUCACCUCUUCAGUGGUGUAGUGCGCCCCGCCCCGCACGGCCUGGUGUGUGGAAAUUUGGAGAAAAGUCAGGAACGAGCUUGG